CCUCAUCUCCACCAAACGCUCACCUCACAAUCCACGUACAAACCCCCGCCUAUAUUUACUGGCACUCAUCGCCGCUUCACCCCUCACAAUCCAAGAACACAACACUUUUUCACAUUCUAUUGUUGUUGCUCUUGAGGGGACGAAAUUAGUUAGGAGCAGACGGGGCGUCGAUCAACAAGCAGGGAGUUGGUGAUCGACUGGUCAUUUUGCGGCAUGAAGCAUGGAAAGUGGCACAAGAGGCAGGUCGACCAGAGCCUGCCGGCAUGGAAGGUCGAGUUCCUGCGCUACAAGGAGCUGAAGCCCAUCGUAAGCGCCGUCUCCGGCCGCCCGCCCUCUCCGGCCGAGUUCGUGGCCCUCCUCGACGCCGAGAUCGAAAAGAUCAACGCCUUCUUCAUCGAGCAGGAGGAGUUCUUCAUUAUCCGCCACAAGGAGCUGCAGGUGGCGAUCAGGGACGCGCUGGCGAGGAAGGCGGCGGUGCCGGAGAGCGCGCACGAGGCGGAGAUCGCGGCGAUCCGGAGGGAGAUCGUCAACUUCCACGGCGAGAUGGUGCUGCUGCUCAACUACAGCAGCGUCAACUACAUCGGUCUGGCCAAGAUCCUCAAGAAGUACGACAAGCGCACGGGCGCCGUGCUCCGGCUCGCCGUGAUCGAGACCGUGCUGGCGCAGCCCUUCUUCACGGCGGAGGCGGUGACGCUGAUGGUGAGGGAGUGCGAGGCCAUGAUGGAGGCGGUCUUCCCCACGGCGCCCGGCGAGGGCCAGGCGGCGGCGCGGCGGGACCGCGAGGCGCUGGCCGCCGCGGAGCAGAGGAUCUUCCGCAACACCGUGGCCGCGCUGCUGGCGAUGGAGGACGUGCGCAGCGGGAGCUCCACGCGCGGCCGCCACUCGCUGCCGCCGCUCACCCUGCCGGACUCCGAAUGGCUCCGCUCCUUCUAGCCGCCGUCCCCGAUCCCCAUCCAAUGACCACCGCUUCUUUGUCUGGUGUCCCUAGCCACCCCAGCCGCAGAUAUGUAAUUGGCUA